ACGAUAGGUAUAGGUAUGAAUUUUAAAAAAUGAAUGUUGAGCACAAAGGAAAGAUAUUUAAGAAAUUAAUAUGAAGCAUAUAAGAAAUCGCUAAAGAAGCAAAAAGUAUACAGUCCAUUAGUCAGUCAGCACCUCUACAUGAAAUCACAGCUCAUCAGACAAAGGCCAAUUGAUCAAGAAAUUAAAGAUAGAAUACAAUAGAUAACUUCCUUUUAAUUUUUGUGAUUUUUAAUAUUAAAUUUAAAAAUUAUUAUAGUUAUUAAUUAAUAGUAAUAAUAAUAAUAAUAAUUUCAAUGAAUAUGUAAUGAGUUCAGUCAUGAAUCAUUGCCGUAUACGGAGUGAUACAGGAUGUUUUACAGAAAGUAAGUCUCCCGUAGCUACAUCCUGAUACGGUUGACUGCCCAAAGUUAGUGUAUCACAAUGAUCUACGGUACCUGAUACACUGCCGUAAUCUGGACAGAUACAGACUUCAAUUCUUGGCUGUGUAGAUAUAUGGCCUGCCAACCACAAAUGCAACUGAACCGGCCAGCCCUGGCGCAGAAAAAUUACCAUGAGACUGAAAAGCGCCUAAUAAGAAAGUCUGCCAGCAUAGAUUAUUUAUGUUACUAUAUACCGAAGUCCGAACUUGAUCUUAAACCUCAACAAGGAUGAGCCCCAGCUUCUCUUUCGCUUUUUUCCUUUUCAUAGCAGUGACACUUGCCUUCGCUAAUGUUGAGUCUCGCCGAGUUAUUCGUGCAGCUCCAGGAGAGGAGACAACAGGAAACUACAUCGUAGUAAUGAAGAAGGAGACUAAUCAUAGCACGUUUGAGCAUAUUGCUGAUGAAGUGAGAAGGGAGUCAAUUGAUCAAAAACUAUCUGUGAAAGUGGGAGGUCCGUUUGCUAAAAUUGUAACAGCAAAGAUGACAGAAGAUGCUGCACAUAGAAUAAUGCAACAUGAGGGUGUUUUUAUAGAGGAAGAAACAUAUGCAUCUAUUGAUAUGUCUUGGGCUGUGGAUCGUGUUGACCAAGUUAGUAGAAUUCUGGACAAUCAACCAUACACUCCAUGUGAAUGUGGCAAUGGUGUUGAUUUAUAUGUCCUUGAUACUGGUAUUCGCUAUGAUCAUUGUGAGUUUGGAGGAGGAGCAAAAUAUCCAGAUUAUAACUAUGUAUUUGGUGGAAGAGCCAAGUAUCCAGGUUAUGAUCCAAUUGAUAAUUACAAUGAUACCAAUUUAGAAGGUCGAGAUUGUCAUGGACAUGGUACCCACAUAGCCAGUUUAGCAGUUGGGAAUGUUUCUGGACUAGCUCGUUGUGCUACUGUUUAUAGUGUACGUGUACUAGACUGCAAUGGCAGAGGACCUUACAGUGUUGUAAUAGAUGGACUCAACUAUGCAGCUAGCAAGGUUAGAAUGACACGGAGACCAUCAGUUAUUUUAAUGUCACUGGGUGGAUCUUUCUCCUCUUCUCUUAAUCAAGUGGUAACAAAUGUGGUCAAUCAGGGAAUACCUGUAGUUACAUCUGCUGGUAAUGGUCGUGGUAAUGCAUGCACUAAAUCACCUGCUAGCAAUCCUGGAGCUAUAACAGUCGGUAGCACUUUAAUAGGAGACUAUAUUAACUUUAAUACUAAUGCUGGACCCUGUGUGGAUAUACUUGCUCCUGGAGCAUUUGUGACUGCUGCUAGUCAUACUUGUUCUACUUGUUCAUGUACUAAAGUUGUAAGUGGUACAUCAGUGGCUGCUGCUCUUGUUUCUGGUGCUGUGGCAUUACUACUGGAAAAGGAUCCUUUACUUUCUCCUGCCAAUAUCUCAGAUGAAUUAAAAGAGAACUGUCUUAAAAAUGCUAUCAAUUACAUUUUGUUGGAUAGUCAUUAUAAAAGCAACACAAACAAUUGCCUUCUUAAUAUUAAACACUGUAAUGUAUGUGAAAUAACACCAACUAGUGUUUUCAUUGUCUCGCACACUAUAAAUUUAACACACGUUAUUUCUUCAGAAGUUACCACUGUUUCAUCCGAAACUAUUACCUUAAUGAAGAAUACAACCAUAUUCAAAAAUGCUACCUUAACAAUUAACACUACUGUGUUAAAUAUUACUACUCCAAUAUAUAAUACUACAUUAACACAACAUUCGAACAUUACACAUCAUAUAACGACAACAAGCAGUACUACUUUAACAUGCAAAGCUUCUACAACAGUUCAUAUUACUUCAAUUCAUCAUACAACUUAUACAUGUUGUUCUACUAAAAUGGAUCCAACUACUUUAGUACAUACUACUACUUCAACACAUGUCAUCCCUGUAACUUAUAGCUGUCCCGUAACAAUUUGCACAACACCACCAUCAGUUGUAUAUCAUUCUGAAACCACUACGGCAACUUUUUAUUGUACUGUUACAGUUGAUCGUCACAAUAAUAUAUGUAGCUACAACAACAAUUUGAGAUGUCAAAGGCCAUUAUAGUUUGUAGCCGGGACUGAAUAACUGUAUGUAUUUUGGCUAAUUGUUCUAUAGUUGAUUUAAAUCAUUAGUUAUGAUAAAAUUUCAAUAAUAGAG